AUGACAACCAACGAGGUCGAGGUUCCGGCGACUGUGCCCCCAACCACCAAUGGCGAUGCUAAGCCUGACAACGACUUCCCUACUUCCGCCGCCGAUGGCUUAAUCAAGAAGCCAUUUGCUGGCCCCGUCGAGAGUGCCAAACCCGUUAAGCCAGCGGAGCUUACAGCAGACCAGCAAACAAAAUAUGAGUCAGUCCUCAAGACCGUCUCUGAAUGGACCACUGUGCCCAACAAAUCGGAGAAGAAUGCCCCAACAGACCCGAUCACCGACGAUGAACGCAUGUGGUUGACCCGCGAAUGUCUUCUGCGAUAUCUCCGUGCGACUAAGUGGAAUGUGCAGGAGGCCGAAACUAGACUUCUUGGCACUUUGACCUGGCGUCGCGAGUACGGAUUGGAGAAGUUCACACCGGAUUACAUCUCCGUGGAGAACGAGACUGGCAAGCAAAUCAUCCUAGGUUAUGAUAUCAAUGCCCGCCCAUGUCUCUACCUCCGUCCUUCUGAGCAAAACACCGAGAAGAGUGAUCGUCAAAUCCACCACCUGGUCUUCAUGCUGGAGCGACUGAUUGAUAUCAUGGGCCCUGACCAAGAGACCUUGGCGCUUGUUGUGAACUUUGGUGGAUCCAAGUCUGGACAAAAUGCAUCAAUUGGCCAGGCGAAGCAGACCCUGAGUAUUCUGCAGAACCACUACCCGGAGCGAUUGGGCCGUGCGCUGGUAGUCAACUCACCUUUCUAUAUCUGGGGCUUCUUCAAGAUCAUCACACCCUUCAUCGACCCGCUUACUCGGGAGAAGCUCAAGUUCAACGAAGACCUGCGCCUCCAUGUCCCUGCUGAGCAGCUCAUGAAGACCGUUGGCGGUGAUGUCGAAUUUGAAUACGACCACUCGAUCUACUGGCCCGCUCUGAACAAGCUUGCUGAACAGCGCCGUGACGCUAAGCGGGAACGCUGGAUUGAAAACGGCAAGCGGGUUGGUGAAUCUGAAAACUUCCUGAAGGGCGAGGGUGCUCCUAGUGCCUAG